AGCACACAGCGCGGCGAUCGGCGGUGCGCUGUGUCCCUUGGACACAGCGGAUCAUCGAUCCACGGAAAGAGCCGAAGAUGUCAGCGCGGUCAUGUGAUCAGCUGUGUACAAUCACAGCUGAUCACUGAUCAUCAGAGCACUGAUGAUCAGUGUGCCCUGAUGAUCUGUGUAGCCCCAGCAGUGCCAGCUGUCAGUGUCCAUCAGUGCCAGCUGUCAGUGCUCAUCCAUGCCACCUGCCAGUGCCCAUCAGUGCCACAUCAGUGCCACAUUUCAGUGCCUAUCAGUUCCACAUAAAUGCCACAUCAGUGCCCAUCUGAGCUGCCUUUCAGUGUCACCUAUCAGUG